AUGAUAAUGCUAAAUUAUCUCGCACGGCAAUCCCGCCCAGGUGCCUUUACGUGCAUAUCAUGUCUAGCGCAGCUCUCCAGAGCUUGGAAGCGGACUAAUUCAACUUCUGGCUCUGAAUCACACCUGCGUAUACCAAAGUCCCCCAGAAAGCUAGAGCUCCCUUCUAGUCCCGCUAGGACGCGUUUUGCACCUUCUCCCACAGGCUACCUUCAUCUAGGAUCCCUCCGAACGGCUCUAUACAACUAUCUUCUCGCCAAGCGUACUGGUGGCCAAUUUCUACUGCGUAUUGAGGAUACAGACCAGAAAAGGACAAUUCCAAACGCGGAAAAGAGGCUUUUGGAGGACUUGCGAUGGGCUGGCCUGGAAUGGGACGAAGGCCCUGAGGUGGGGGGUCCCUAUGGGCCUUACAAGCAGUCGGAGCGGACGACGCUGUAUCAAGAGCAUGCGGAAAAGCUACUGAGCUCUGGACACGCAUAUCGAUGUUUCUGUACCUCUCAGCGACUCGCUGAACUCGCGAAACUCCGAACGGAACAGAAUCUUUCUCCCGAUUACGAUCGUACUUGUGCUGGUAUCUCCAAGGACGAGUCAAAGGAGAGGGCUGCGAAAGGGGAGGCACACGUUGUGCGUCUAAAAGUCCCAGAUGUCUACCCAGAGUUCAACGACCUGGUCUACAAGAAGGUGGGGAACACGAAACGAAUUGGUGCCAAUGAUGGCUAUGAGGAUCCUGUUCUGCUCAAAUCGGAUGGUCUGCCCACCUAUCACCUCGCCAAUGUGGUAGACGACCACCACAUGAAGAUCACUCACGUUAUUCGAGGAACAGAAUGGCUACCCGCAACACCGAAACAUCUUGUUAUGUACCAGGCAUUCGGAUGGACACCACCAGAGUUUGCUCACGUGGGACUCCUCGUGGAUGAUAAAGGAAACAAGUUGAGCAAACGGAACUUUGACACCGACAUCGCCUCGUUUAGAGAUAAGUCAGGCGUCUUUCCUGAAGCUCUUUCGAACUUCGUUGCUCUUCUUGGGUGGUCACAUAAGAACAAAACAGAUGUCAUGACCAUGAACGAACUAGUCGAUAACUUCGUCAUGAAAUUCACAAAGGGUAACAGCACCGUAACAUUGGGAAAACUGUGGUUCUUGCAGCAAAAACAUGCGAUCCGUCGCAUUGACGCAGGAGGCCCGCCUUUCGACAAAAUGGUCGACGAUGUUGUGGCCAUCGUUGAGAAAGACUUGGACUCCGCAAAAUAUGAAGUCAUUUUGGGCAAGAGGAACCUCCGGGAAUAUGUUGCUAGCAUCGUACGCUCUGCUGCUAAAAAAGAAUGGUCGACUCCAAAAGCUUUCGUUGAGCAAUGCGACUACUUUUUCACUCUACCAGAGCCUCCAUCUGCUCACCAGGACGUAGCUUUGAGUCUCCCGUUCAUACAGGCAAUCAAGACGCUCCCUCAAGACCAACCUUGGGACUCUGAACCCAUCAAACAUGCUAUCAAGGCGGGAAUGUCCAAUUGGUGCACCACGGAAGGCAGAUCGGAGAAGGAAGGGUACCAACUCUUACGUGGGUUAGUGGCUAAUGGAAAGCAUGGUCCUGGUGUUCACGAAAUCAUGACAAUCCUAGGACGGGAGGAAACAUUUCGAAGGUUGGGAGCUGAAGCUUUUGGGGAACAGGCCUCUUCUAAAACCUGA